UUUGUGCAGAGAUCAGCUCAUUUGCAUUUUAAAGGGACACACCCCAAAACGGCACAUGUUUGCUCGCACCUACAUAGUGGCAAUUUUAACAUGCGAUAAUAAUUUUUAUGUUUGCUAUUUUGAGCUAAAACUUCACAUGCGUACUCUGGGGACGCCAAAGAUUUAUUUGACAUCUUAAAAAAGUCUUGUGAAAUGUCCCCUUUAAAAACAACAACAAUGCAUCAUUUUUUUUCAACUGUUACUUUUUAAGCUUGUAUGCAAAUCCAGGUGGGCUUUUGUACCUGAAGUGUUCUCCCAAGCAUCUACCAGGAAAUAGUCAUCAUUAACGCCGACCAAGAUGAGAUUCAUGAAGAAGCGGAUGGUAACCUACAUUUGAUUGACACCAUUUCAACGCAGCCUAAAGAUUAUACAUGUUCAAGAUUGACAUCAAAGAACAAUGUUGAAGCUCUGACCUUCUUUGAAGUUCUCCCAGAUCUGUACCGUACACCGAAACCAAUAGCUGUCGCUGAAGAACCUGUAACCUUUUCUGAGGCACCAGUGAUAGGAUCUCAACUACACGAGAUGCAUACAGAACAUCUAAAGUCUGUAGUUCAGGUGCCAGCGUCGUUCAGAUACGAAGAACCUACGACUGCUGACGCUGAAGAGCCUUUAAUAGAAGAUGAGGAACUAAAUAAAAUGGUUGAAAUGAUAAUAUCAGAGCCAUUAGCAACCAAUGGGUCUGAAUCAGUUACCGUGGAACCAAAAUGUAAAGAUACUUCAGGUUGUAGACUCUGUCCAAGCCUUGAUUCAGGAUGAGCAACCAUUGGCUGAUACUGAGAAGCCAUUUGAUGAAGAAAUUGCUGAUAUCGUUGAGGAAAUCUUGCAGAUUACUGAGGACCAAGUCACUCACAAGCAAAACGAUGAGGAAACCAUGAGGCAAACAAAUGAGGAACUGAGGAACAUGGACACAUUGGAUGUUGCAGAAGCACCUGAAACAUUAUUAGUAGAUUCAGCAGUCGUGGUUAAAGACGAAACGGCUCACAUGACUGUCGAGGACAUCUUUGCUGCCAAUGGAAAGGCAGCUGUGGAUGAAGAAAGCUGGGUGAUUAUUGAAGAACCAAUCUCCAACCAUACUUACCCAGCUGUAGAUGAACUGGUGACUUCACCAGCCAGUGAAGAAGAGAGGAUCAGCGCGGAAAGUGCAAAAUCUUCAAAGUUGUUUUCUCGCCUAAGGUCUGCGUGCACCGAGGCUUUAGUAGAUUCCUCAUACAAGCCAGUCAGUAUAGAUGUUUGUGGUAACGAAAGCACGAUUAACAUCAAAAUUGAAAUUUGCCCGAAUUACAAGAAUGAGUUCGAUAACGCAGCAGUUGCGAUAGCAGAAGAUGAUGAUUUCAUUCAAAAGAUACAAGAAAAUGGUGUGCACUGCAGUAUUGUAAGUCAGAUUUCUUGCAUUCGCAAAAACGCCGCCGUAUGGACGAACUCACAGCCCUGUUGAAAUAAUUCGCACGUACUAACUCCUCACCUACAAGGUGUUUAUCGUCAAUGUGCGACAAAUAACAGAAACUAACCGCACCAGACUUUGUCUCCAGACUGAAGCUGAGUUAACUUCAUUAAACGAAAUGUAAAGUUUGUGAGCAUGUGUUGAGUUGUUUGCUUAUUGUUUUGUCUAUACGGGUGAUUCUCACGAAAUCCAGAUUUAGAAGGUGUCCAGCAUCCAAAAUUUUAAAAAGCCCUUGAAGCUAUUUUUUGCACAUAUAAGAUUAAGGUCUGAACUUACUAUAACUAUUAUUUUUAGAGGAUUUAAAAAA